AAGAAAGCAACAACUAUUUUUCAUUUCAAAACCCUCUACAAUUUCCACUACACUAAUUCAAAAAAAAGAAUGAAAAAACACCCCACAUCAUUAUAUAUAAAUGAUGAUCACAAUUUCCCAAAAUCCCCAUCUAAGGAAGCAAGAAAUCUCUUCCUUCCUUGAGUGUCUCUCUUCCACCAUUAACACAACAUAUACUCUUCCUCUCCCCCUCUCCCCAUUCUUUAAUUUCUGACAAAGAAUGCUUCCUCAAUUCUCCAUUCUCUUGGUUUGCAUCUUCUUCCUCUCUCUCUUCUCAUUCACCUCAUCCCAAAAUCUCUCUCUCCCCCACCAACACCCUGACCCUGAAGCUGUUGUCCAGCAUGUUCAAAGGAGUGUUAAUGCCUCAUUUUCAAGAAGGCAUCAGCUCCUCUCCGCCCCAAUCCCCACCGGCAUUGCCCAAUGCCUCACCGGAAACCCCAUCGACGACUGCUGGCGCUGCGACCCGAAUUGGGGCUCCAACCGCCAGCGCCUGGCCGAUUGCGCAAUUGGCUUCGGCCGGGCCGCUCUGGGCGGGAAAGGAGGCCGUUACUAUGUAGUAACGGACUCCUCUGACCGGGACGCGGCCAACCCUGUCCCGGGCACCCUCCGCCACGCGGUCAUCCAAGACGAGCCCUUGUGGAUCGUCUUCCAGUCGAACAUGGUGAUCAAGCUCAAGCACGAGCUCAUCUUCAACAGCUACAAGACCGUGGACGGCCGCGGCGCGAACGUCCACAUCACGGGCUCCGGGUGCAUCACCCUUCAGUCCGUGAGCAAUGUGAUCAUACACAACGUGCACAUUUACAACUGUGUUCCCUCGGGGAACACAGUUGUAAGGUCGAGCCCCUCCCACGCAGGGUGGAGGGGGAGAUCGGACGGGGACGGGAUAUCCAUCUUCUCGUCUAGAAACAUAUGGAUCGACCAUUGCGCGUUGUCACAUUGCACGGAUGGGCUAAUCGAUGCCAUCAUGGGAUCGACCGCAAUCACCAUCUCGAAUAGCUACUUCUCCCACCACGACGAGGUUAUGCUGCUCGGCCACAACGACAACCACUUGGCUGACUCGGGGAUGCAGGUUACUAUCGCGUUUAAUCACUUUGGGGAGAAGCUCGUGCAGAGGAUGCCGAGGUGCAGGAGGGGCUACAUUCAUGUCGUGAACAAUGAUUUCACAGAGUGGCAAAUGUACGCGAUCGGAGGGAGUGCUAGUCCCACCAUCAACAGCCAGGGGAACCGGUAUAUGGCACCGGCCGAUCCCAAUGCUAAGGAGGUAACAAAGCGCGUGGACACGGACGAGGACGAGUGGGCCGGGUGGAACUGGAGGACGGAUGGGGACCUUCUGGUGAACGGCGCGUUCUUCGUGCCAUCCGGUGCGGGGCUCAGCAUGCAGUAUGCUAAGGCGACGAGCGUUGAGGCGAAGUCAGCCGGGCUCAUCGACCAACUCACCAUGAACGCCGGUGUUAUUGGUGGCCAAAGGGACAAUGGCUAUAGCAUAUCAUAUGGGGGAGGGGGGAGGGCUACCGGCGCAACCAGUAACGGCGGUGGCGGGCCCGACGGCGGUGGCUAUGGCUACGGCGAUGGUGACAACUAUAGUAUGAUAUUUGGGAGCGGCGCGCCACCAACUCAAUUAUCCCGGCCACCCACCACUAUCUUAUUGUCUCUUUUAAUUAUUUUAAUUUUGUAUACUAUCAUCAAUUGUGAUGGUUCACUAUCAUCACUCUCAUUAUAGAUAUAGAAAAAAAAUGAAAGAAAUUUGGGAAUUGGUAUAGGAAUGAGCAAAGAAAAGAGGAAAUUUAUGAAGAAGUUUUAGAUUUCAAAUGAAAGUAAUGUUGUGAUGAGGAAAGGUUAAUUGUAAUUUUAAAGAAAUGGGUGGAAAUAAUAAUAGAAUCUUUUAAAUUA